GAAGCGGGUCCAGAGCUACAGUCAAUGGUCCAGAGGAUGAAGAAAAUACCGACCACUACUCUAAACGACACAACUAAAUCUAUCAGACAUGGGUUAAAACUUCCAUUUAUAUCGAGUUUUUAACGAAUUGAGUGGUUUACUGUUCCUAAAUCAUAAAUGGUGUUGUUAUGGUUUUGUUAGCACUAUUCGUAGUUAGCAAAAAUGGAACCAGCUAGCUGAAUUUAUCCGGAUCAGCAACGUCAGAUGCCUUUUGAAUAAUUGUUCUCCUUUCACUACUGUGGUUUAUUGGCGGGUUGUUUGUCUAAAAGUUCAAUCAUGGAGCCCUCUAAACCGCUAUUUCUGAAGACGUACGGUAAACAGAGGCGAAAGCUGUCUGCCUGGAUUUUACCUUCAGACCGUAAGCAGGUCUUUGAUAGCACCGCGUCACCAGAUGACAACAGCUCCUUGUUUGAACAGCCAGGACCCAAGACGACCAGAGAGAAGAAAGCUGGCGUGGGUAGACAUAAAUCAGUGCGUCCUGCCAAGAGAAGAGCAUUGCAAGAUCUGAAUGCGAAAGGUUAUGAUGAGGGGAAUACGAGCAACGAGGAGAACAUCAUAAUGCCCAGAGGGCAGAGGACAAGGGUUAACCGUAGUAAAACUGUCCGUCCAGCCAAGAGGAAGGCCACCCAGUGUCUGACAGACACAAGCAGUGAUGAGGAGAACAUUGGGAGUCGCUUUCAUCCCCCUCCUCAGCUCACCCAUCAGAGCAAGCAAACCAGGAAAGGCCGGUUCCUGAGUGUAGCUUUGACGGGGCGGAAACGCAAGCAGGUUUCUGACACCAGCCAAAGCGAGGACAAAAUGUGUGCACCAAAAAGACUCAAAAAUUCAUAUAAAAUGAAGACGCACUCUAACGUUCAUCCUCCAUCUGCGGGCCGCUUCGUAACCCGCCGCAGACGGGCAGCCGUCACCAAACCCAAGCUCACUAAAGCAAUACUGAAUAGCUCUUCAGAUGAGUUUGCUUCUGAAGCCAGUCACAGAAAUCUUCAGCCUUACCGAAAGAGGAGGAACGUCCCUCCGGCAUUUGCUGUGUCAAGUGCAGAAAACUCUGUGAAUGGGAUUUCCGGCUUCGCCACCAACCCGACCAACCCCUUCCGAGAGAUAUCUCUCAACGAGUUGGCAGAUCGCAGUCCCAGGAAACCCAUUUUCUGCUCCACACCCUCAGCGGGCUCCUUCAGCAAGCGUGACCACCGCGUACUCUUCCCCGUCAGCGAUCAGUCCUCCAUUCCCCCGUCCGUGUCGGUAAUCUCUCUGAGCGCCUUGAGCACAUCUCCAGACGGGCUGGAUUCGAUCGAGCAGCUCGUCUCCCCGCCGCAUUUAGAGAGGCCUCCUCCGAGCCGCGCUGAGCUGCAGAAACAGCCAGAUAUGCAUCACCGCGAAGAACCUUCUGUUGAUUUGUAUAGUAGCUGCAGUGAAGAAGCCAAAAGCCGUGGUGGAGGCAGGACGAAGGGCGGUGGAGGAUUAGCAGGUGUCUCUUCAGACGGUGGAAGCAGCAGUCACUUUGUGUCUGCGGCAGGAGGGUUGGAGUGGCUGGUGGAGGCUCUGAAGGAGCAAUGUCUGACCCAUCGCUGCACAGUGGAGCUGAAGAGGUUAGACCACUUCUUUUUGGCUCAGCUUCACAGUGAGACGGCCUCGUCGUCUUGUUUGGAAGGUUCGGCCUCCAGCCAGCGAACUAAUCAGCCACACUUUGUAGACAGGGGUCAGACCAUUGAUUUUUCGCAGUCACUUAAACUUUACUUAUCUCUGACAAGCAAUAAAACCAGUGAUGAUUUACAGUCGGUAAACACUUCUGAACAAGUGGCUUCAGCCAGUAACUGCCACAGCACUAAUUCUUCACAAUCGAUCGACUGUGAUCAGUCAGCCCAACUCUCAAACUCAUCCAUGGAGCCGUCAGGAUCUACCCGCGACACAGACGGCAGCUUUGAGGUGAUCGUGGACACACGGCUACAGUCCAGUGGCGCUGUGCAAACACUGUUCACAGGAGAGGAAGCAAAAUAUACGUCUCUUUUGAAAAAAUGCUGUGUUCCUGUUAAAAAAGUAGAUUUGUCAGAUCUGACUGAAGUUUUCACACAGCAGCAAGAGCCAGCUUUGGUUUGCAGCGAGAAGUCUGUCAAUCGGCGUGCGUCAAAAUGGGCCAGCGACGACCAGACGAAGAGCCACCACACGUCUGAAAGUGACUGCUGCGAAGACACUUCUUCCGGGAAAGCCGGCGUGAAACCUGUAGGCUCGAGUAGCUCCUCGGACGUGGUUUCCUCGGACAGGGAAGUCGCAAAGAACUCUAGCGGCGCUGCCCUCAAGAGGAAAAAAAUGUCUCAGGUUCCUAAAGAAAAGAGGAGGAGGAGCGCGUCCAAAGACCGAACUGGAACGACACGGAAGGUGUGUGUGAGCGGCAGCAGCGUGACCCGCUGGACGAACAAAAGCAGCGCCGGUACGCACGUGUUCAACAGCAGGACUGCACAAACGGGCGGCAGCAAGGCGGUGGAGUGCAGCAUCCACGAGCUGAUCUCCUCACAUCACCAGCAGCCAAGGGACUUGUUCGGGGGGGCCAUGAAUUUCUCCACCCCACUGAGAACCAAUCAGCUCUCGUCCUUGUUGGCCAACUUCACGCCCAACACACACACCUGGAGCAGACUCAAAGCCGCCCUCUCCGUUCAUCGCAAGGUGCUGCUCACUCCUCGGAGUGAGGCGGGUACUCUGGGGAGGACGGCGCUGGCGGACCUCAGCCAGGAUCUCUUCGCCUCCUCAUUACGGACACCGCUCUCCAAGCGUUCGCAGUCGCAGCUGCUGAGAGACUACUCCCUGGUUGUGUCUGACGACGCAGAUCUGUCGGAUGCAGAGAAGGUGUAUGCGGAGUGUGGCCAGCAGCAGCCUCUGCCGUGGGAGGAGUGUAUUCUCCCCCAGUACAUGAAGCAGUGUGUGAAGGUUGGGGAAGGGACCUUUGGUGAGGUCUUCUCCAUCACCAACGCCUCAGGAGACGCUGUCGCACUCAAAGUCAUUCCAGUGGAGGGCAGUGAGAAGGUGAACGGGGAGGACCAGAAGACCUUUGGAGAGAUUCUGCAUGAGAUUAUUAUCUCAAAGGAGCUGAGCAGCCUGAAAGAGAAGCAGCACAACCAGACUCACGGCUUUAUCGGACUCAAUAAUCUCCACUGCGUCCAAGGCUGCUACCCCCCAGAUUUCAUGAACGCCUGGGACAAAUUUGACCAACGCAAAGGCUCUGAGAAUGACAGACCAGAUUUCUUUGAUAAGGAUCAGCUGUUCAUCAUCCUGGAGUUUGAGUUUGGAGGCGUCGACCUGGAGAACAGCAACGGAACGUUGUCAUCGUUGGUGGUGGCAAAGAGCAUCCUUCAUCAGGUGACUGCUGCCUUAGCUGUGGCUGAGCAGGAGCUACGCUUUGAACACAGGGACCUCCACUGGGGCAACCUGCUGGUCAAAGCCACCAAGCACAAGACGGGGAGCUUCCUUCUGAAUGGAACGGCCCACUCUCUAGAAACCAGAGGGGUGCACGUCCGUAUUAUUGACUACUCCCUCUCCAGGCUAGAAAUCGAUGAUUUGACGGUGUCCUGUGACAUCUCAAAUGACGAGGAGCUCUUCAUGGGACAGGGAGACUACCAGUUUGAUAUCUACAGACUGAUGAGACAGGAGAACGGCAACAACUGGAGUGAGUACUGCCCCCAUACCAACGUGCUGUGGCUCCACUACCUGUGCUCCAAGCUGCUCUCCAUGAAGUACCGCGGCUCAGGAGGGAGGGGCGCCAAGGACGUGAGAGAGGAGCUCACUCGUUUCUAUGACAACGUCCUCCAGUACAAAUCUGCCACCUCGGUGCUGCAGGAAUGCCCCAUGUUUCAGUAGCAUGUGAGCGCUGAGGCUUUUUUAGUAAGAUGAAGCGCGUCCUCGUUGACCUCUGACCCGUACACACGGUUGUUGAUCCCUUGUAACACGCUGCAGACGGAUGAAGGUUUCCUGGUGGGCUGUGUAUGUAAAACUGUCAGAUGACAAAAGUUAUUAAAGUGACCAAGUGAAAAUGAUGU